AUGUCGGAUAUAGAAGAAUUUUCUGAAUUGGAUGUGAUGAAUGUUUUAACUUCCAAUGAAGUAUUAGAUGAUAUUCAAAUUUAUGAUUCAACUGUCAAGGACAUACCGGAUACUGUUUCUGAUGUGUUAAGCUUGGGUGACAAUUUUGCGUUACCCAUUGAACAGAAACAAAAAAAUGAUCGCAAUAAUCUUGUUUUGGACGUUGUCAAGAAUUUCGAAGUGCAUAGUAAUAUUCUGCCAACAGAUACUAUUGAAACAACUAGAAUUUCUAUCUCUAACAUCCUUCAGAGAUUUCUUGACAAGAAUAAACGUACUAGUUAUUCAGAUAGAUGUAUUUUGCAUUCUUACGCGGUCUCCAAGAGAUAUUUACGCGAAAAUAAAGACAUCACGAGAGCUGACAAAGAUCAGAUCACUGUCGUUAUGGACAAGAGUGAUUAUUUCGACAAGAUGGAAUUGCUGCUGAGUGACACAACCACUUACAGAGAAUUAAACAAGGAUCCCUUGAAAAGAUUAACCAAUAAAAUCAAUGAGUUAGUCAAGUCUUGGCGUAGGAGCGGUUUGAUCGGAGAGUUGACAUAUAAAAACUUAAAUUGCACGAACGGAAAUUUACCGCGAUGCUACGGGCUGCCGAAGAUUCAUAAAGAUGGUUUUCCGUUGAGAAUCAUAGUAUCUGCUUUGGGAAGCCCAGUAUACAAUAUCUCGAGUUACAUCCACGAUAUCCUAUAUAAAUCGAUAAGAAAACCAAGUUCAUAUAUCAAAGAUGGUUGGUCUUUUGUCGAAAUUAUUAAGAACACUGAUAUUGACAAAGACAACAUUAUGGUUUCGCUGGAUGUGGCUUCAUUAUUCACCAACGUCCCAAAAGAUUUGGUAGUAAAGGCCAUACGGAAACGCUGGGAAGAUAUUGCUAAGAACACUAAAUUCAACCUUUCUCAAUUUUUAUUUGCAACGGAAUUGAUCUUGGAUUCAACUUGUUUUGCAUUUAACGGACGUUUUUAUGAGCAGAUCUUCGGCACCCCCAUGGGCUCUCCACUUUCACCUAUCUUAGCAGAUAUGGUAAUGGAAAAUUUGGAGAUGCAAUGUCUAAACUCAUUAGGUUUUACCGUUUCUACUUAUUAUAGAUUUGUCGAUGACGUUUUCGCAAUAGUACCACGCGCAAAAAUCAACGAGAUCUUGACAAAGUUCAACAAUUAUCACGAGCUUAAGAUUCACUUAUGA